UAAACCAAAUUCACUGAUUAAAAACUUAGUUCCAAAUGAAAAACCACGAACUUAUUAAAAAGUUGCUCGAGUUAUAACGAAAACUAAAAAGUGACACUAGAACAAGUAGUCGUAAUAUAAUUUUAUCUAUCAUCACAUAAGAUAAAAGAAGAUGGACCCCAUUUUACUAAUACUGGCACUAGUAGUUAUUGGGAUUAUAUAUUUCCUAAAAGAAGACCCAACACAAAAAGAAAUAGCCGAAGCGGUUGAACGUUUUCCUGGACCUAAACGCUACCCCAUUGUAGGAACAAAUUUUAGCUUUUUACUCAAACCAAAAGAAGAAAUAUUUCUGUUAAUCGCAGAAAGGGUUAAAAAAUUUGGAUCUCCCCAUAAGGCAUGGAUGGGAAAAUUGCCAAUGAUAAAUUUGAACACUCCAGAAGAUGUAGAGCUUAUAUUAAAUAAUUCUGUUCAAAUCAAAAAAGGAUAUUUGUACAAGUUCAUUCAACCAUGGCUUUUAGAUGGUCUUCUUACCAGCUACGGGGCUUAUUGGCACAAGAAUAGAAAGUUGAUCACUCCCACGUUUCACUUCAGUAUUUUAGAGCAAUUUGUGGAAAUUUUCGACGAAAAAAGUCGCAUACUAGUAUCAAAACUUAUGCCACAAGCUAAUGGACAAGUUUUUAACGUUUAUCCUAAUAUAACCCAUUGCGCCUUAGAUAUUAUAUGUGAAACUGCAAUGGGUGUUGCUGUGAACGCCAUGGAUAAGCCAAACUCUGAAUAUGUUUCUGCAGUUUAUGGAAUAAGCAAAUUGGCAACAGACAGAGCAUUUUUACCAUGGUAUCAUUCCGAUUUUAUUUUCUACCGAACUGCAAUGGGCAAACAAUUUUUAAAAUACGUAAACAUCCUCCAUGGAUUUACAGAAAAGGUGAUUAAAGAACGAAAAGGAAAAUUGGCCGACACAACAACAGAUCAAGAAAUCCACGAAGAUGAAGAAUUCAUAGGUAAAAAGAAAAGGAAGGCUUUUCUUGACAUGCUUCUGGAAGCGUCGAAAGGCGGUACAAUAAUGAAUGAUUUGGAGAUCCGACAGGAAGUCGAUACAUUCAUGUUCGAAGGUCACGAUACUACAACUGCUGCCAUCUGCUGGACAUUAUUCCUAAUUGGAAAUAACCCAGACAUUCAGGAAAAAGCGUUUAAAGAACAAGAAGAAAUAUUCCACGGAGAAGAUAGACCUGUAACGAUGAAAGACUUGGGAGAGAUGAAAUACCUUGAGAGGGUGAUAAAAGAAACUUUACGCCUUUAUCCGAGUGUACCAUUUAUCAGUAGAUUAUUAACUGAGGAAUUGGUUGUGAGUAAGUGAAGAAAUUUUUCUCCGUACCUACCGGAACUACUUCCGCUAAUAACUUUAAUACG